AUGAUCGAGGAAGAGCCUCCCAGCUCCAAUCAAGGCCAGUUUGCUGCCCGGAAUGGCACCAGCAGCUCCUUGGACCUAGAAUCUGUGGUACAACCCCUGGUCUUGAACCCGUGGGACGUUGUGCUCUGCAUCUCUGGCACCAUCAUCUCCUGUGAGAACGCCGUCGUGGUGCUGCUCAUCUUCCACAGCCCGGCUUUCCGGGCUCCCACGUUCCUCCUCAUCGGCAGUUUGGCCACCGCUGACCUCCUGGCUGGUUUGGGUUUGAUCCUGCAUUUUGCCUUUGUCUACUUCAUCCCAUCAGAGGUGGUCAGGCUGCUGACACUGGGGCUCCUGGUCACCUCCUUCACCGCCAGCAUCAGCAGCUUGUUGACCGUCACCAUCGACCGCUACUUGUCCCUCUACAACGCCCUGACCUACUACUCCAAGAGGACGGUCACCAGGACUUACAUCAUGUUGGUCCUCACCUGGGGAGGCUCCAUCUGCCUCGGGCUCCUGCCCAUCAUGGGUUGGAACUGCCUGAAGGAGCCCUCCUCCUGCAGCAUCGUCAAGCCCUUGAUGAAGAACCACCUCGUCAUCCUCUCCGUCUCCUUCUUCAUGAUCUUUGCGGUGAUGCUCCAGCUUUACGUGCAGAUCUGUAAGAUCAUCUGCAGGCACGCCCACCAGAUUGCCCUCCAGAGACAUUUCCUGGCCACUUCUCACUACGACACCACUCGGAAAGGCAUUGCCACCUUGGCCCUCAUCUUGGGCACCUUUGCUUCCUGCUGGCUGCCCUUUGCCAUUUACUGUCUCCUGGGGGACAGCAGCUACCCAGCCCUCUACACCUACGCCACCCUCCUCCCGGCCACCUACAACUCCAUGAUCAAUCCUGUCAUUUAUGCCUUCAGGAACCAGGAGAUCCAGAAGGUGCUGUGUGCCCUGUGCUGUGGGUGCUUCUCCUCCACCAGCCCCUUCCGCUCCCACUCCCCCAGUGACGUCUGA